CCUCUUUUUGAAGCACGACUCUCCCAAGUCUCUGGAAAAGUAGGUCACGUUCUCUGAUGGCGCUCUCAUGUGGAACCCCAAUCCAACUCCUAUGCCGAUCGCGCGGUGAAUCUCGCACCACCCUCGCCCCUCGGUCUUCCGUUUCGUUUCCGCGCGAUGUCAAAUGCAGGAGUCUGAUUCGCGUUAGAUCGUCAGCUAUUUCAGCGCCUCCAAUGUCUGGUAGCUUUACUCCUGCAAUUUCAUUAACUGAUAAGGCACUAAACCAUCUGAAUACGAUGAGAUCUGAACGUGAUGAAGAUCUGUGCUUAAGAAUUGGAGUGAAGCAAGGUGGAUGCUCUGGCAUGUCCUACACUAUGGAGUUUGAAAAUCGAGCCAAUACACGACCUGAUGACUCAGUCAUAGAAUACAAUGGUUUUGUAAUUGUAUGUGAUCCCAAGAGCCUACUCUUCUUGUACGGAAUGCUGCUGGAUUACAGUGAUGCACUCAUCGGUGGAGGUUUCUCCUUUAAGAAUCCAAAUGCAACACAAACUUGUGGCUGUGGUAAAUCCUUUGCUGCUGAGAGUAUCUGACCACUUGACAGUAUGCUGUUGUUCUCAUAAAAGCAAUUUAAACUUGAUGUAUCCGUAAUCCUAAUUAAUUAUUUCUCUCCCUCCCUCUACUCACUAUUCUCACCAUGCAUGCAAAUACGCAAGGGAAAGUGAAGAUAGAGGAAAAAAGAUGAGAAAAAGAAACACACUUGUGUAGCUCUAUUACCUAGCUAAUUUGGUCCAACAUAUGCUGGAAGUUUCAGAAAUUA